UGACAUCUGUUUUCCCUCGUCGUCCUUGAAAGGGGUGCAAAAUAAAAAAAAUUCACUCUACUUUGCUUUUCCAACUUUUCUUCUGUUCCAAAAAUAACUUUAAAACUAACCUAAGCUUUAUAAUUUGUAUACAGCAAAUUAAAAUUUUACAAUAAACAAUGUUGUGAUAUACCUUUUCAGUAAAAAAUGAACACUCUCCGACAAAUAUUUAGCGCUCGAACGCUAGCUGCUCUAAGGCAAAACAGCCUAUUCAACAACUUACCCUUGGAUGGCAAUGCAACUCCUGCUAACCAUCUGAGCACUGCAGCAACAGCCAAUUUGAACAAUAGUUUUCUUCCAAAAGAACUACUCAACACUUCACUCCUCAAGUCAACCACACAAUUAGGACUUGGCAAUGAGUCUUUUUUGAAGAACAUCCAACAACUUGAUCGCAAAUUGGAGAUCGCCUAUCUUUGUAAAAUUUGCAACACUAGAAACUUGAAAACUGUUUCUGAAGCUGCAUACAACAAAGGAGUGGUUAUUCUGCAAUGUGAUGGAUGCUCUACAACUCACUUGAUUGUCGAUAACCUCGGAUGGUUUGCCAAUUGCAAAGGUAAAAGUGUCAAUCAAGUUAUUGCAGAGAAGAGCGAAUUUGUCCGUAAAAUCGUGGUGAACGAAAAAGGCGAAUUACUUAAGAACUAAAAUGUGAUUUUUAUUGUCAUUUUAACGAAUUGUUGUGUAGUUUUAAAAAUAAAAUUUGAUUUUAAUAAAAUUGAAAUUGAAUGAUGACAUAACACAAGAAA